GCCCUGCUCAGGUUUGCCUCUGAGGCUCCAGUCUGUUGCAGCCUGUUGUCAUUUGUGCAGUUUCUUUAGGAAGCCUUCUUUUGACGACAACCAUGCCCAAAAGCUCAGAACCGCGCUCUUAUUUGGUUCUGGAGAACUAUAUUGGCGGAAAGUUUGUGUCUUGUGGAAAUCAUAUCGACUCCUAUGACCCUUCCACUGCUGAGGUCUACUGCAAAGUACCAGACAGCGGCAAAGAGGAGGUAGAUGCGGCAGUGGCAGCGGCUAAAGAAGCCUUCCCUGAUUGGUCAGCUCGUAGUCCACAGCAGCGAGGAGAAGUCCUCAAUAAGCUCGCUGAUCUAAUUGAAGAUAACAUGGAGGAUCUCAUUCAAGCCGAGUCAAAGGACCAAGGUAAAACUGUGACAUUUGCUCGGACUGUGGACAUACCCAGGUCUGCGUACAACUUUCGCUUCUUUGCAUCGUCUGUGCUCCACCACACCACCGACUGCAGCCAGAUGGACCACAUGGGCUGCCUGAACUACACCUUACGCUGCCCAGUUGGAGUUGCUGGCUUGAUCAGUCCCUGGAACCUCCCUCUUUACCUCCUGACGUGGAAAAUUGCACCGGCAAUCGCCACGGGCAACACGGUAGUGGCCAAACCGAGCGAGAUGACCUCUGUGACUGCGUGGAUGAUGUGCAAGCUAUUGGAGGAAGCUGGCGUCCCUCCAGGUGUGGUCAAUGUUGUGUUUGGCACUGGUCAGAGAGCAGGAGACGCCCUAGUUGGCCACCCAGAUGUCCCGCUGAUCUCCUUCACUGGCUCCACUGCAACUGCUCAACGCAUCACAGAGCGGAGCGCCCCGUACUGUAAAAAGCUCUCCCUGGAGUUGGGGGGGAAAAACCCAGCCAUUAUUUUUGCCGAUGCAGACCUGGAGCAGUGCAUCGAGACAACCGUUCGCUCCAGCUUUUCCAAUCAGGGAGAAAUUUGCUUGUGCACUAGUAGAAUUUAUGUAGAGAGCAGCAUUUACUCCAAAUUUCUGGAGAAAUUUGUAGCCGCAGCUCGGAAGUGGAAGACUGGCGCUCCAUCUGACCCAAGCAACAACAACGGAGCUCUCAUUAGCAAAGAGCACCUAGAGAAAGUUCGCAGCUUUGUGGCACUUGCCAAAUCAGAAGGAGCUAUAAUCCACUGUGGUGAAGGAGUUGACCAGCUAAACCUUCCUGAAGCCAACAAGUCUGGCUACUUUAUGCCUCCUACGGUCAUCUCAGGCAUCCCUGACAGCUCCCGGGUCAUGCAGGAGGAGAUCUUCGGCCCCGUCACUUGUGUUUCCCCCUUUGACACGGAGGAUGAGGCUGUUGCCAGGGGAAACGGAGUCCGCUACGGCCUGUCAGCCACUGUGUGGUCCAGGGAUGUGGGAAGAGUUCACCGUUUGGCCCAGAAGCUUCAAGCUGGGCUAGUGUGGACCAACUGCUGGUUGGUGAGAGAUCUGAAUCUGCCGUUUGGAGGAAUGAAACACUCCGGUGUGGGCAGGGAGGGAGGCAAAGAUUCCUAUCACUUCUUUACGGAGGUGAAAAGCAUUACUAUCAAACACUAAGUAUAAUGCGUGGGAUGUUUGCAUAAGAUGUGAUUUAUGCAAACAGGGAAAUAGUUUUAUUUUUCUUUGUGUAGAUCAGCUUUUGUGAGCUUCUUUGCAGAGUUGGAUCAAUGCAUGUAUUUUUCCACCCUCAAGGAUUUCAACAACCUUCAAUCCAAUCAAAUCAGUUGAAGAUUGAAGUCUUAUAAAGUCCAUGUUGAAACUACAGAAAUGUACACAGUAACAUGCUUAUUAAUGCCUAAUGAAAAGAAAAUAAAUAAUUCUGUUUUAAA